AGAUUUAGUCAUGAUGAUCAUUCGAGGGCUCUGAUGUUACACGACAGUCGUGUCGUUGGAUUAAAAUAACAAUUUUCUUACUCGACCGCCCUACAGUCCACUGUGGGUGUUGUUGAAUUGCAUCUAUCUCUUCAUUUUUAGCCAGAAAGAAGAAAAGAAUUAUUCAUAAGUUUUGAAGGAGAAGUUAAAAAGAUUUGCGCCGAUUCCCCGUGGAGGGAGAAAACUUCUGCACAAAGGCGGAAUACAAUGGAUUGUUUUGGGGUAAAGAGAAGCCGAAUUUAAAUUGAAAUUAAUCAAAAAUCUGUGUCUCUCACCUCAAUUGCACCACAUAUAUUGGAAUUAAAUAGACUGACUUUUUGCCGUAAGGGAGAGGCUUGUUGCAGAAAUUGCCGCCUUUUUGAGUUAUAGAUUUCCAAUUGAGGAAAAUUCAUAGUUCCCACUUUGAAGGAAUAUUGCCCAAGGCCUAUAUUUUUCGGCAAAAUACACACAGAAAUUCUUCAAGAGGAAUUCCAUGUAAAAAAGAAAAUGAGAGGAUUUGGAAAUAAAUUUCAGCACUAUACUUCUUUAACCCACUAAUUGACAUACUUCAGAUCUUUCUGCUGGUAAACCAGAAAGGGAGGAAGAAAGCAAUAAGAAAUCCAACGGACAAUCUAAGUCAUUAAAACGGAAGAAGAACUGAGCAGAGAGGAAAAAAAAAGCUCAAGAAUCUGCACAAAAUCCAAACGAGGUAUUUUGAUCUCUUUCAUUUACAGUGUGUUUGUGAUUCAUACUGUUGGGAGAGACAAUUAAGAAUAAGAAGAAAAAAAAAUAGUAUACGGGAAGUAUAUUGUCGACAAAGUAAAUAAAUUGCAAAAAUAAAUCCCAAGUUGCGGAUAGAGCGCGCGGAAAGUGCAGCACAGCAGGAAAAAGAAAGAGAAUUUGCAACGCUGAAGGAAUAGAAAAACAAGGAGUGAGAAAAACGCGAGAAGAAUGCAGAGGAGAAGCAACAGAAAUAGCCAAAAUACUUGGCUUUAGGAGAGUGCGAGGAGAAGGAGGAUUGGUGGAGAAGAAAUUCAAAGUGAUUUCAUCCGUUUGCCCUUCUUGGGGUGAGGAGGAAUUUUUGUUCUCUGCAAAAGACAAAAAACAAAAAGGCUGAAGAGUAAAAUACUAUUAUGCCAGUCAUGAAGCCACCAUCGGUGGAAACGAGUCAAAUACAACAAAAUACAUGUGCCAUAAAGCCUUCCUUGUCCAUGACGUCACUUCCGCCGCCCAAUGGGCAGCUCGAGAGUGGCGAAGUGGCGAGACUCCGAAUCGACAGACCCUAUCACAGUCUCAAGAAGAAACGUGAUUCGGAACGUGAGAUCUGGCGAAGAUCGUGGGAGAGUGGACACAGUCAUAGUUCGUGCAGUCUACACAGCAAUGCCACCAAUGCGGGCUCUGGGACGGGUAAAGACGACUUUUGGGCGGCACUGCAGACCAACUACAACUACAUCAUGGACACAAAUCUCAUCGAUAGUUGCCGCGAAGCUCGUGGCGAAUGCGAUGGGAAUGCGCCGGUGCAGGAUCAACAGGUAGAUGAGUGUUGUGAAAAGUCAAUAUUCCAAACGGCAAAGUCUCAAGGAUCCGUUGUGGAUCCACGAAGACUUCGUCGAUGGUUACGUGAGAUGGAGAAUCGCAUUGAGAAGUCACCAUCAUUGUCGGAGGCAAUGAAGAUGAAACCUGGUGAACUUCAGCACAGAUUGACUGAACACUCGGAUCUGUACCGUGAAAUAGUUUCGCAGGCUCGUGUAGUUGGUGCGUGCAUAAGAUCAGCUGAGAAGGAGGCAUCUGAAGAAGGUGCCACAGACAAAUCCGUGUCACCGUCGUCGUCGUCAAGUCGCCGUGGAGAUGGGAAUUUGAAGGGAUUGGAGAGACGCUACCACUUACUCUAUCUCAAGGCAUUUGAGGUUCAGUGCAUGCUCGAGAGUUUACUAGGACGGAGAGGAUCACCGAGUCCGGACAUUUCGAGAUCACAGUCAGACACAGAUGAGGAGCCCGUGGCAAAACAAGCAAGAUUGAGUAGUCUAUCGUCGAUUUGUGGCUUUAAUUCCCGUCGCAGCCUCUACCAGGAUAACGAUGAGAACCGUUCAGAUGAUGAGUGGGGAAAUCCCUUAGCACAGGCAGCUGGUUUUGAGGCUGAUUCCGAAGGGAGUGACUGUGAGGUGACACAGAAGCCCACAAUAAGCUCAUUGAGCUCAAAUAGUAAUUCAGGGACACCCUUUUCAUCCCUCACCCUGCCUGAGGUGCAACAGCCACAGCAACCACCGGCUGAGCUGAAGGUGGUUGUUGUUGAUCAAGGGGUUGGGACAGAAAUGGAAAUGGGAGUAGAUGCUGUGGAUGCCGGUGAGAUGACCAAGAGCCUCGUGGCGCAAGUUGUGGUCACACCAACUACCCCUGAGACUCCCAAAGUUAAAUCCCUGACGCCACAGAAGCGUUCGCGCAAAGUGGACAUAAGCAAAUUUAAUCGUUCCAAUCGUAAAUCGAAGAAUUGUGCCAUUUUCUACUUUCGCCACCUGGACACGGAUGGUGAGCAGAAGGAGUUCUCCUCUCAGGGCAGUGAGGCGUUCAAAUCCGGUGAACCGUCGACAGAUGAGGAGUGGUAUUACACAAAUAAUGGCGAUGUGGGCAAUAAUGAUGAGACUCCCAAUGGGAAUCAUCACAAUGACGACGAUGAGGAGGCAAAUCACACACUUGUUAAUUCCACAGUGGAGACACAAGUGAUGCUUCCCAGUGCACCUGAGACGGUGAUGAUGGAAGCCAAACAAGAUGAUUGUCUGACGACAUCGCAGGUCGUGGAAUCAACCACGAAGCGAGCAAUCAAGUGCUCAAAGGAGUCAAUCCAUCAACUCGUGCUGGAUGCUGAAAAUCUCAUUCGCGAAGAGACCACGAAGAAGUCGUGCAGUGCCCUGGCCGAGGUGAUGCUGAUGUCAUCAACAUCUUCGUCACGUCGCAAGUGUGAGAAGAAAAUGAUGCACAAUCCCAAAAUAAAGCGUGUUCAGGAAUGGCUUGAACACCAACCGAUCGAUGCUGCCACAAAUCCACCCUCAUCAGUUCCCACCACCGACUGCGAGGCUUCCGGUGAGUACACGGAGAGUGAUCGUGAGGUAACAGCCCGCGAUUCCGACACAUCCGAAGGUCUGGCUGAUUCCGUGGCGACAUGCCUGCAGGGUGGUGAAGUGAAUUCCACGUCUCAGGUAACGUCAACGGAAGUUAUUGGUGGUUCAGCUGAACCUCUGCCACAGGUGGAUGUGACCUCGCCUGGUGGUGGUGCUACAGCUGCAGCACGGGGUGUUGUGAUGCGUGGCAAACGUCGGAAUUCCGAUCGCCCGUGGUCCGUGUCGAGCUUGUCGCAAUUGACCCAGACUAUUGGCAAGAGGACACAGUGUGUGGUGCUGAACAAUCAGUUGGCAACAUUCUCAAUCAGUGAGUCGGCACUUCAUACACUAUCGGCACCCCUAACACCAGGUGGCACCGCGACAGGUGGCUCCAUUGGGAAUUCCGACAGUAAAAGCUCACUGCGGAAGCAUCGACGGCUCCGUAUGAAGAAGCGAUCAAUUGGUCGAAAGAGUGACUCGGGGUCAGAUGGGGCACAGCAGCAGCUCUAUACGAAAUCUCUCGUGAAAUCCGAAUCAUUUUCCGGGCAGUCCAACUUUGUCCAGGAGCAACUUUCUCUCUUAACCAUCUCACGGCGUGGGCGACAGACAAAAUCCACCAGCUCCGAGAUGGAGAGUGAGGAAGAUGGGUACCCACUGGCAAAGCCCACCUUUCGUCUUGGCUCCGUCACGAAUGUCUUCCCCAGCACAACGUUGGCACCCAAUUUGGGCUCCUUGGCCGCCUUGGCGAACUACAAUGGGGCCUGCCUGGAGAUGCUGACCAAGACACCGGAAGAUUUGAGCUCUGAGCAAGCGUGGGAUAACUACCAGGAGAAAUAUAACUCGGAAAAUUAUUCCGAGGGCCUCGAUUCGGAUGCCGCGAGGCGUUUGCUGGAGUUUGGGGAUGACUACAGGAAUUUCCUGGAUUCCCAAUCAGAUUGCUGCUCAUCCUCCCUGUCGGCGGCCAACAAUUUGGACUCACUCUCACCGCCGCGCUAUCGGAAGCAGCUAUUCAGUUCGCCCGAUUGUAAAUCACCAGCUGUCCCGGAGACGAAUACCAGUGAAAGUAAUGCAAUCCGAAGACGUCGUGCACUUGAGUAUGCGGAAUACGAGCGCAGGAGGAGACGCUACUCUGAUGAUCGUCGAAAAUCAUUCGAGUCGUCGCACUCCUCGUCGCGGCUAUCACCGAAGAAUAGUCAGGGAAGGAAUGGCAGCGGUGGGGGCUCCCUCGGUGGCUCCACGGAUGCUGUGAUGCGCCGCAAGCAAUCGGAGAGUGAUAGUUCGGCAAAGAGACGCAGCGGUGGACGCCUCAGUGGCUCCUUCCGUCCAUUGUCUUCCACAUCGGGCUCCUCGAGCGCCGGAAGUGAUUCCGAAGCGGAGGUGGAGAUGCGGAAUCUUCUAUCGCAGAGCCGACAGCGCCUGGAGCAUACGGAGGCGCUUCGUGUGCGACGGCACCUGCUGCGUCCGGAAGACUAUGCGGAAAUAAUAGCUACAUGUCGUGACAAUGUUCACUGCUUGGAGGCAGUUCUCCGGGGUCCCGGUGUGACGGUUCUUUCGACACAACGAUGCCAAGAGACACGAGAAUUACUUUCAUCAUGGGAAAGUCUUCUCAAUUGGAGUGAAACCGCCUCAGUUGCUCGACAGCUACAAGAGGAGAUGUCCGUGUUGAAAGGUGCUCUCAAUCGUAUUGGUAAUCGUGCACUCAUCCUGGAUUCCGAAUCUGCCAUUCAGGAUGCCAUUGAGGAGCUAAAGGAGGAAAAGACAAAGUUGCAUGGACACAGGUCGACAAUGCUGAAGCUCAAUGCCUCCGUGCACAGCUGGUUGACGCGUCAGGAGCUGGAGAUGAGCAAAUACAGCUCCCAGAGUCACAUUCUGGGUUCUGUGGCACUCGUCGAUGCCACGGAUGGUGGGGUUGAUCUCGAGAGGACAAUCUCAUGCACAGAAAGCGAGAAGGAACGUACACAGUUCUUCGACACAGAACUCCAUGCAUUGCUGAAAGACAACGUGAGCGACAUGUACAGUGCCUGGGAUGAGGCAGAUCACAGGAUAAAUCUGCAACUUGAGAGCUUAAUGGGCUCCCUGCAGACAUGGAAGCAACUUGAGAGUGGUUUGGUGGAAUUCCAGGAGGCACUUGGGAAGGAUAAGGGUGCCCUGAAGGGACUACGUGGAGCAUUGGAAUCUGGACGAACGACUCCUGUGGAUUUGGCGCAUGAUGUGAAGGAAGUGGCGAAGCUUCUGUCUGAGAAAGUCGAAAUGACUCUUCAGAAUAAACUCCAAUCCGAUGGUGUCUUCCUGCAUCCAUCAACAGCCAUCCUUUAUCAUGGAAAAUCCUCAUCGAAUGGUUCGCUGUCCGAUAGUGGAAUUUCCGAUGGAGGCUGUGGCUCAGAUGGGGGUUUAUCUGAGCGCGAAAGACGCCUGGGGACCCUCAGGAGGUUGGCAAAGCAACUCGAGAAUGCCCUUGCGCCCGGAUCAGCGGCUCUUAGGUCAAUUUUCCAGCGCAUGGAGGCAGCAGAGAGUGAACUGCGACAGCUUCAGGAUACCUGCAGGGAACUCAUUGUUCGCACAACGACGGUGACGAAGAAGGCACCGUCAAAUGGGGGGAGUUCUGAGGAGUCAGAAGGUCACAAAUCAAGUGGUGUACUCAAGAAGAAAUCCACUCAAAGUAAGAGGAAGAAUAAGAGGCGGUCACCGCAGAAUAGUCUCAUUGCGGGUGGUGGGAUGUCUCCGGUAAAAUCGAAUGUUCCUGCGACAAUUGAGAGUGCUGCAGUGCUGCUGAGGAAUCGUCGCGGUGUUGGGGCUGUGGCGACUGCAGAUGGGGACCCUGAUGAUCCGGAUAGUGGGUCCAGGGGGUGCCUGGAGGAGGAUGACGAUGAGGGUGAGGGGAAGAAGCAUACGUGGGCCUGGCGUGUGGCCAAAAUUGCCAUUCCCGUGCAAAUUGCCCUCGUGUCGCUCUUCUGUGCUGCGUGCUUCCUUGAGCCACACUGCUGCGAUGCCAUCAACAAUUUUUCCAUGAGUUUCUCGCCACAGCUCAAGUACAUCCGUGGUCCACCGCCAAUUUAGAACAUCCACCGCACAGGUAUUUUAUUUAUUUCUCUUAAAAAAAAAUAUGGAAAAGACUCUCCUUCUACCCACAUUCAUGACGAAUCGUUUAAUAUGAUUGAAGAUAAUUUAAUAGUGUUCUUAUCUCCUUGUUUUUUCGGCACUUUCUCCAUGAAGUUACAAGUGCUAGAGGAGAGUUUAAUAAAAUUAAUUAAAACAAUAUAAUUACACAACAAUACACACAGAAAAUAUUCCUAAAUAUUUUAUUUUUAGAGAAAGAAAAAUAUUCUUACCAAUAUUUUUGUUCUUAGCAUAAAUACAUAAAACAUUUAUUUUCAUUUUAGAUGAACAAAAUUUAAUUUAGAAAAUGCACAGCAUUUGAAUUCUUUAAUAUAAAUUGUACUAGUGUUUAGCUAAUAAUCUUUGGCUAUCACACACCCACACACACAUCAUAAGUACCUUUAAAACAUUGAACUAGAGACAAUUUUUUUUGCCUAAAUAUAAAAACAUAAGAAUUUUUUUUGAUGAUAGAAUCUAUAGAAGAACACUAACAAAAAUAAUAAAGUUAGAAAUAAAAAAAAGAAAGAAAUUAAAUAAAAUAUAAUAUCGAAUUAAUUGCAACGAAGUGAGAGAUAAUGAAAGAAAAAAAAUUGAUAAGGAAAUCCUUUGAAAAAAAAAUGAUAAAAAUUGCUUAAAUAGUUUGAAAUCUUUUAGUUUUUUUGCCAUAGUUUUGUAGGAGCGAAAAAAAAUUAUGAAAAAAACAACAAAAAGAGGUAUUUGGUAAUUUUUAUUUAAUCCUAUCAAAAGUUAUUUAUCAAAUCACAAUUUAGAGAGAAAAAAAAAUGGAGAAGUACUUAAGGACCACAUACUCUUUCUAGUGCCUCUUGAGCAAUUUAAGAAGAAGAAAAAAAAAGAAAUAUUUUUAAAUCUCCAACCGAGAAGUAGAUGAGAAUUUUUUAAAGGAAAGAAACUACAAAAAACUGCCUCCCAAAAAGGGAAAAUUAAAAAAAAAAGAAUCCUUAAACCAUAUUUUUUAGUUAAAAUAGAUUAAGUAAAAAAACAAAUAUUUUCUUCUCUUCUCCAGAGAUCUUUAAGAAAUUUAAGCAUGAAGUAAGAAAAAAAGAUCGAGCUUAAUUGAGAUGGAAUUUUUUUAAUUAAGUGAAUGGAUUUAAAUGAGAGAAAGAAGAAAUAUUUAGAGAUAUAUCUAUUAUAUUAAUAGAAAAAAGGAAUAUUAAUUAAUCCCCACUCUUUCAGUGAAUUAACCUUCUUAUACUUUUAUUUCUUUUAAAUAAAUUUCUAUUAUUUCUCUUAUAUUAAUUAUCAUUGAUAAAAUAUUAAUUAUUAGACUAAUAACUAAUAUUUUAUUUAAACAAUUUUAGAUAAAAUUACUUUCUUUCAAAAUUAACAAACAUUUGAUUUAAAAAAAAAACUUGAAAACAAAUCUUUUAACUUUUAAAAAAUAUUGAAAUAUUAAUCUUUUAGAUUUUCAGCGGAAAAUUCUCUUGAUUUUUUUUAGUGAAAUGCGCAAAUCUUUAAAUUCCUCUUUUGUACUAGCCGGAAUAUUUUUUUCUGCAAUAAAGAUGAACUUUUGAGUCUUCUGAAAAA